AUGACCCUGCCUUCUCCAGGCGAAGUUGAGGAUGAUCCCGAGAUAAGACUCACCCUGAUUGACACGGACUUGCCCCUAGAAGGCGGAAAAUUACCCGGUCGGGUCCUGACUCCUACCCAGUCGUCUGGAUGGUUCCUUACUAACAACAUGUGCACGCCCAACGUCUUGGUUUGCAACAAUCAUAAGCCAAAAAAAAAAAAGAUGGGAGGCACCAAGCCAGCCACGGCCAUGCAUGGCCCGUGGCCCCCUGGUCGUUCAACCGCCGACAACAGCCAGGAGACGUUGCUGAUUGGGGCCGUUGAAUCGACUGCGCUCCCAACCAAUCAAGUCGCAUCCUCCUCGAUCGAGGGUGAACAGCAGAAAUUGGGGGGCCUGAGGCUAGGAGGUGGCAGUCGAAUAAAGGCUGGAGUGCUGCCUAGCAUCCAGCGCCAGGCGCAAAUGGUGAUUGUAUCAGAGCUAUUCAGACUAAUGUGGAAUAUAUUUCCCACAUAA